AUGAAACUCUUUUCUCCUACAACGAUUAGUGCUUCGAAUCUUAUGACUCGGUUUUUGCCUUUCUGCCGUUCAACUUCGCGGUUCAGUACAUCCAGUUUUAACCCAUCGUACGUUGGUAAACAAUCAAUUCUCCUCCCCAAAGACGUGCAAAUUCAGCUACGAAAGCAAAUUCUAGAGGUCUCUGGACCAAAUGGUCAAUUACAGCAGAACUUUCCCAAAUAUCUCCGCUUAAGACAAGAGAAUGACUCUAUAAAAAUUGAAAUUGCUUCCAAGUCUAGAGAUGAUUUAUCAAAAAAGCAGUUGGCCAUGUGGGGAACCACCCGUGCUUUACUUGGAAACAAUGUGAAAGGUGUGAGCGAGCCCUGGCAAUCUUUAGUCAAGCUUUUAGGUGUUGGUUAUCGAGCUUCUGUUGAAGGGAAUAAUAUUCUUUUGAAGGUUGGAUUUGCGAAUGCUGUUUCCGUUCAAAUACCACCAGAAGUUCAAGUCGAAAAUCCUUCCCCUACAAGUUUGGUGUUGAGCGGCAUUGAUAAACAAAAGGUAACGCAACUUGCUGCUAAAAUUCGCUCUUUCAAGAAGCCCGAACCAUACAAAGGAAAGGGUAUCUAUGUUGACGGUGAGAAUAUUCAACUCAAGAAUAAAAGAAACAUUUCAUAA